AUUACCAUGGCAAGUUUUGAUGUUGAGUCAUUGUUUACUAAUGUUCCUCUUCAUGAAACCACAGACUUAAUAGUUAAUAAUCUAAACAGUACACAUCUCAAUGAAUUUGGUCUAUCAAAAGCUAACUUUAAAAAAUUACUAGAGAUUGCAGCCCAUUACUCGGUCUUUACAUUCGACGAUUGUUUAUUCAGUCAAACAGACGGUGUAGCGAUGGGUUCCCCAUUAGGCCCUUCCUAUGCAAAUUCAUUUCUUUGCUAUCACGAACGGAACUGGCUUGAACAAUGCCCGCCUGAAUUCAAACCCAUUCAUUAUCGUCGAUACAUCGAUGAUACCUUUCUUCUUUUUAAACACCCCUCACACGUAAACCUUUUUCUAAACUAUCUAAACUCGAAACACCCGAGCAUCAUGUUUACCUGUGAGAUGCAGAAAAACAACCAAUUACCAUUUUUGGACACGCUAAUUACCCACAACAAUGGCACCUUCCAUACAAGUAUUUACCGAAAGCCAACCUUCACUGGCCUCGGACUUCACUUUCUUAGCUACAUCCCAUACGUGUACAAAAUUAACAGCAUUAAAACUCUAAUGACUCGAGCAUAUAACCUGUGUAGCAACUGGUCAACCUUUCAUGACGAAAUGAACUUUCUGAAAGAAUUCUUUGCAAAUAAUGGGUACCCAUUGUUUUUAUUUGAUAAAAUUUCCAAAACCUUUCUUUGUAGAAGAUUCUCAAACCGACCCAUGGCCCCUACUGUUAAAAAAGAUCAUAAAUACGUUAAACUACCAUACAUGGGUAGUUUAAGUUUUGAAAUCAGGAAGCAACUAAAAUUACUGUUACUAAACAAUUACCCCCAAAUCAAAUUCACUUUUGUCUUCACUAACACUAACAAUAUAGCCAAUUUUUUAAAACAACCUUUGAGAUGUAACUCUGACUUGUGUUCUAACGUGGUUUACUUAUUUACCUGUCCUUGCUGCCAAGCUCGGUACGUGGGAUCUACCUCACGAUGGUUACGACACCGCAUCCUUGAACACAAAGGCAAAUCCUUCAGGACUGGCCUUCCGCUGAGCAAACCAUCUUUCUCGGCAAUAAGAGAACACUCUCAACUCCACUCACACCCUUUCUCCAACACAGAUUUCACUAUUUUAUCUAGCCAUUCCUCCCGCCCAGACCUUAUCAUCUCGGAAUCUUUACUCAUACAGAAGAUGAAACCCGAGCUAAACAAUACAACUACCGCAACAACCUUGUUUACCCAAUAGCCCUUCCCCCCCUCACCAACACACACUCUGUUUACUGAUGAUGGAGGUCUAGUUAUACCUUUGAAACGUCUAAAUAAAGAUGAAAUUCUUCACGAGUGUGUUAGUAUACCUCUUCAUACUAACUAUACGACACCUGAGCGGCAAACCUAUCAC